CUCUGCCUCCCAGGGGGAAAGCCUUCCUCUCACUCCAGGCUUCUCCCCUGCCACACCAGAGGCAGGACAAGGAGGCAGCAGAAGGGUCCCUGCACUGCCAGCACCCAACACCAGCUCUCACCUGCAGCAGGCAAACCAUGAGGACGAGCUCCUUGCACCUGCAGCGUCUUCACCUUUGAUUAAAAACCUUCACUCACCUCCACAAGGCACCAUGGAGGAGCAGUACAUUUCCAAACUCCACCCAGUAGUGGAUUAUGGAGCUGGGGUCUUUCUUCUAAUCAUAGCCAUCCUGACAAUCCUUGGGAAUUCAGCCGUCCUUGCCACGGCUGUGAAACGCUUCUCCCUGCUGAAGUCUCCAGAGCUGCUGACAGUGAACCUGGCAGUGGCAGACCUUGGGAUGGCCCUCAGCAUGUACCCACUGGCCAUUGCAUCCGCCUGGAACCACGCCUGGCUGGGGGGAGAUGCCUCCUGUGUUUACUAUGCCCUGAUGGGUUUCCUCUUUGGGGUCUGCAGCAUGAUGACCCUGUGUGCCAUGGCCGUGAUUCGAUUCCUCGUCACCAACUCAUCCAAAUCCAACAGUAACAAAAUCACCAGGAACACUGUCUGCAUCCUGAUUGCUUUUAUCUGGCUCUACUCCUUGCUCUGGGCCAUCCUGCCCUUGGUGGGCUGGGGCUACUACGGCCCUGAGCCCUUUGGUAUCUCUUGUACAAUAGCCUGGAGCAAGUUCCACAACUCCUCCAAUGGUUUCUCCUUCAUCCUGAGCAUGUUCCUCUUGUGCACCGUCCUGCCUGCACUGACCAUCGUGGCCUGUUACUUGGGGAUUGCCUGGAAGGUUCAUAAAGCAUACCAAGAGAUCCAGAAUAUUGACAGGAUCCCUAAUGCAGCCAAACUGGAGAAGAAGCUCACCCUGAUGGCCGUGCUCAUCUCAGUGGCGUUCCUGAGCUCCUGGACUCCCUAUGCAGCCGCCAGCUUCUGGUCCAUCUUCAACUCCAGCGACUCCCUGCAGCCCGUGGUGACGCUGCUGCCCUGCCUGUUUGCCAAGUCCUCCACGGCCUACAACCCUUUCAUUUACUACGUCUUCAGCAAGACUUUCCGCUGCGAGGUUAAGAAGCUGCGGUGCUGCUGUGGCUGGAGGGUUCACUACUUCAGCUCCGACAACUCGGCGGAGAACGCCGUGUCCACCGUGUGGAGCGGGAGGGACAACGUCCGUCUGUCUGCGGCGGCCAAGGUGGAGAACCUGGGAGCUGCAGCUCCCUGAAAUGCAGCCAUGGGGUCACAGCACAGCUCAAACCCGGCCUCGCUGCCAGCUCCAAAGGAGCGGGGAUGCAGCAAGCGAGGCUGUCACUGCAUAUCUUAUGUCAGUACAGAGGUUUAAGUAUAUAUUUUUAAGCAACUCUCAAAUAUUGUCUUUAAGCCUCACAGGAAUAAUUAAAAAAAAACCAACUAU